AUGAUUAAAAUAAUACUUACUGAAAUUUCCAGUUAUGAAGGAGUUGUAUGUGUGCAUCGGUUAUAUGGACAAUGCAGAAUAAUUAGAGAGUGUAUUCAUGAGAUAGAAGACAGGCCCCCGGGAGAAGAUAUUGAGAUAUACGAAAAAAGGGGCGGAAACAAGCUGAAAUUGAUGCAGGAUGGAAGGUAUAUUGGAGCCCAGCUUUCGCACGUGCAAGUAUACGCCAACGCGUACGACGAGGAUAAUACGCCGCUGGUAAUAUUAUUGAACUUUAAAUCCGAAGUCACAAAACGCCCGGCUCCCAAGUUCUUUAAAUAUUCACAGCUUACUUCACUCAUACGCUGGAACGAAAGUAAACGUAUGAGUGAAAUAUGCCAUUUCAAUGGGAAUCAAGUACAUUUGUUCAGAACAAUAAUGAAUGAAAAUAGUAAACUGUCUUCCGCACUGACAUACCAAAUGGACAUAACAAUCGGAGAGUAUAAUGGGAAUAAGAUCUGCGUGACAAAUGAAACAAGUAGCCUGCCGGCGCUUGAAAUGAGUGGAUUCAGGAAGUAUAAGCACGAGCCAGUGAACGCACACGGGCAAACCAAUAGCUGUGUGAUGGUCGACAGGGAAACGCCCUUGUCCAGUGGCAAAAACCCAAUAGGAGAAGUGCAAGGAAAAAAAUACUCGCACAUCUGUUCCUACUAUUAUUCUGAGUUCGCAGAAGCAAUCUUGCUGGAGUUUAACUCCUCAGAGGGCACCUUCUACUACACCCAAAGGAAAAACGAAAAGACACAAGGCUGGGCGAAACUGGACAAAGUGAUGGCAAAGAUGCUACUAAAUGAAGAAAUUGAGACUAACCAGAUUCACAGUACCCUGGUUUCAGAUUCGCAUAGAAAGCUACUACUCCUGCUAAGAACCCUCGUAGUGGUUCAUAAAAACACGGUGGUAUUGCCGAUAGAUAGGCAGAGUAGAUACGGUAAAGAUGAUGUGGCCGACGCCAUUAAGAGUUCUGGCUCAGAAAUUUGCCCAAACCCAGAGUGCCUCACGUCGCAACCCGAGAACGUGUACGUCAAAAGGGAAAAUUGUCCAGAUUUAGAAAGGGCAGGGUAUGCGUGUUACCGCAGUACACUUAGGCCCGAGGGGCAAGGUGAAGGCGGUGUUCUGAGACUGUUGGUGCCAUCAGAAAGUUGCCAGUACAGUGAGAUAAAGUUGCUAGGCGAGUAUAGCGGCCUGGACCAAGAGCCGUUACAGCAGAAGAGUAGUGAGCUAGGGCCCCUGGCGUACUUAAGAAAAGACUUCAAUUUGUACGUCUUCUUCUACGGCAGAGACCCUAGGCCACUAUUCUUCUGCUGUAACGGCACUGGAUAUCGGCCGUUGUCGUCACUUGAAUACGCUGAAUAUUGGGUCAAAAUGCCGGAGAUGUUCGAAUGUCCAAUCAGCGCCGAUUCCAGUGAAAAGCUAGUGUCAGUCCUUUCUGAGAUCAUUGGAUCCUUGACGAUAGUGGACCUGAGCUUCAGGCCGGCAGGUGGAGCCGCACUGGCAAGUGAGAUGGCAAACUCCCAAGCCAGAAAACGCUUCUCGCAUGUUGCACAGCCGAUUUCCAACGCCCCUACCAUCAGGGUGACUCUUUCUAACAACAGCUCUUACAGGAAAUACAUACACAGAUUUUGCGACAUGGACGGCAGAGCCGAUGGCUAUAGGUUGGGGUUUGUGAAGUAUUGCAGCAGCGCCAACGCAAACGUGGAGUAUGAUAUAACGAAACAGCUCGUAUCAGUGGAUGCGUACUACAAUCUGCACGAUUGCGAGCUGAUCUUUCCGCUGAUGCUGGUUUUCCACUUCAAGGAUGGGCCCAGCGAGUACUACAGACUUGUCAGCGGGGACCCGACCAUUAAAAAGUGGAGGAAAAUAAAACGCGGCGAAGUUGACCAGGAGCUAUUGAAGAAGAUCAAGGACGACGACGACAUUGAGGGCGCACUGGAAGAUAUAAGCCACGCACUUAAAAUCUCGUUCACCAAAGCCCAAGGGCAAUCAUUUUUGUUCAAUCUGCUGUGUUCCGGAGGAGAUGGAGUCAAUUGGGUGGUGAUGGGAGCGUCAGUCGGCGGAGUGGGUGUAGGAGCCAUUCUUGGAGCGUACGCAGGCUACUUGAUCUUUAAACAUUACGCAGACACACCGCCAGUUGUUCAAAACUAA